UACUGCAGACUUGGUCUUUGGUUCACCCAUUCCUGGGACAUGUGAGACUACCCAGGGACCCACAACACUCAGAAAAAUACAAGAUAUUGAGGAUCAUGUUUGGGUGAAAAUCACACGGUCAUCGUGCUCUAGGGUUAAAUAAAUGAAAGGUCAAGCCUCCUUGACCAGUUUGUCCAUGUUUGCUCCUGUUACAAGCAUCAAGAUGAAAGAAAAUGCAGUAAAACUAGUUUGAAGUCACCACUACAAUGUUGAGGUCAACAGGUCUUUGCAGGUGGGUGUGGAGGAGAUGGUAUAAAAGGGCCGAGGUUCAGACAGCUGCAUCUUCUGCUUGGAGCUCCUGUGGGUUAAGAAGGAAACUUUCCAUUUCUGCAACCAUGAACAAACUGUGGAUCAUUGCUCUGGUGGUUACCUUUCUCUCACCAUCCUUUGCAAAUCCAGCUAAAAAACACUCAAAUCCGAACAACAUGCAGUCCAAUAGAGCUAAAAAACACUCAAACCCGAACAACAUGCAGUCCAAUAGAGACGCGAAGUUUCUAUUUUCCUCUGAAUACUACUGUUGGACUCAGUGGUUUGAUAGAGACGAUCCUACUGUGACUGGAGACUGGGAGACUCUUUCGGACCUUCGGAAGCAGUUCCCUGAUAAAGUCUGCCCUGAUCCUGUAGACCUUGAAGCCACGACUCUGUCUGGGACUCCUGCAGACCAGACCGGAGAAGUCUUCUUUAAGUAUGACACAACAUCAGGAUUUGUCUGCAGAAAUGAAGACCAAAACGGAGGGAUGUGCAAAGAUUACAGAGUUCGCUUCAGCUGCCCCUCUUCCUACUGUACUGAAAAAGUGUGCUGGACUGAGUGGUUUGACCGGGACAAUCCCUCUGGUACUGGAGACUGGGAGCUUCUGAGCGACCUCAGGAGGGAAAACCCAGGACAGAUCUGUGAAACUCCUCAGUACAUCCAGGCUAAAGCCGACUCUGUCUUAGGCGUCUUCAAGAGGGAUAAGUUCUACAUCUAUAACCCAACCAAGGGCUUUGUUUGCCGCAACGAAGACCAAACAUUCACGGAUUGCUGGGACUACAAGGUCCGGUUUGGAUGCUGCUGAUCAGCCUUCACUCCGAGAUGACGAGGAGAACAUAAAGGAUUCUCUCUCUCUCUCUCUCCUUGAAGCUCCCAUCUCUUAUUUGUUUUUCUAAAAGGUUUAAUCUUUUUGUUUUUUCUUUCUGUGGGUGUAAACAAUGUCAGCAAAAUAAAUGGCAUUUAAGAGCAAA